ACAAAUGAUUUUCUAACGUUUAUGACUAAGAUGAGAUUUAUAGGCUCUUAGAUAUACAUUUAAAAUGUGAUCUUCAUGUAAACAUAGCUUAACACAGAAUUUAGUAUCAAAAAACUAAACUUGUCAUUACGAAACAUUGUCAUUUCAUUAAAUUGUUGGCUAUUGGACAUUGAACUUAGUUCCACAACAGAAAUCAAACAGCUGAUUGCUUCUCAAGUAAGUAACAUUUAUCUGCGUGGUGCCUUCAGAAGCUCACAUAACCGUGAAGAGUUUAGUUGGAAUGAACUAACGCAUCAGAAUUUUUUCAUUGAUCGGGUUUGAUAGGACCUGAUUGUUUCCUUAAAUUAUGCUAGACGAUCGUCCAACUAUAAUAAGUCAUUGAAACAACCUGAUAGCAAAGAGAGAUAGCUAAUAUCUAUGAUAUGAAUUGUUCUCAAUCUGUCAGAAAUUUCCUAUCUGUGAAACUCAAUUGCUUUCGACAUCAAAUCAAAAUGACUGAAUUAGUUUAAUGCUAUUUUAUUUAAGAUGGCAAGAAGUAAUUUGACACGCCGUAAAACUGAAAUAUUUCACUUAAAUUAAUAUAAAUGGUUUAACAUAUGAGAUUAAUUAUAUUUAUGUUUUCAUAGAUAUGACAUUUAAAGACAAUUUGGAUUUUGCAACUGAAGAAGACUAUGAUUUUAAAGCUUUAAAUUAUACACGAAGUUGGAUAAUUGCAGGUUUUAUAAUUUUGGCAGUGGCCAUUGCUUUGGCUGCUGCUUCCGUCGCUCUACCAACAUUUGUUAUGAUUACUCCAUCAGUGUUUGAUGCAUCCAAUGCCAAUGUAAACAAAGCCAGAACUAUGGGUUAUACAAAAGUAUGCUUUACAUCAGAUAACACAUGCCAGAACCGUGAUCCAAGCUAUGUAGAUGAAUAUUCAACUUUAAUGACAAAUCUACGUCUCGCUGAACUGGCUAUGCAUUCAAUAGCAAUAAUUAUCAUGUGUAUUUGUUUUAUUGCUGCUCUUGCAUUGAUCAUUGUUUGGUAUCAACAGAAUAAAGAUAGUAAAUUUUUCAGAAAUUGGCGAUUAAUUUUAGGUAUAUUUGUUAUGUUAGCUGGAUUUUGUCUUCAAAGUUCAAUUAUAAUGUUUCAUGUUGAACAAUUUGAAGAUAAAUACGGUAAAUCAUCUGGAUACCCAUAUGGAUUUAAUCAAUGGUCUGAAAAACAACGUACAACAACAUCUAUUGAUUAUGGUUCUGGAUACAUUUUAUUAUGGCUUGCUACCAUUUUCUGUUUUAUAUCAGCUUGGAUAUUUCUGGGCACAUAUUGUUGUUGGACAUUAGAUGAUAUCGACACGGAUGAUGAUAACCCAACUUUACCAAGAUACUCAACUGAUUCCGGCAAUGUGAGCAAGCGUGGAACUGAACCAUCAAUUAUCAAUCAAGAAAAUUGAUUGAUACUAGACCAGCGAUGAAGGCGGUAAAGUAAUUAGAAAUGAUAUCCUGCCAAUUGUAUACGUACUAACAAUUAUAAUAACCUUUUGUUAAAAUAAUGUGUAACUAUUUAAUGUGAUAUAAUUAACCACAAAGUUUCUUAAGUUUAUAAAAAUAUCAAUAAUAAUGCAACCUAUAUCGGUAAAUAAUGUCCCGUUAUAGCUUUUUUUCACUAUUCUGGUUAAGAAUAAGACUGGAUAAAAUUAAGUACAA